AUGACGACAAGCUCUUCGCAACCCGAGCACAUGAUGCCCGGUGGUGACAUGAGCCGCCAGCAACAAUACAUUACCAGCACCACGCAAGCACCAUCCACCUUGGUCGUGAGGACGGACUUGAUGAAUAACUACAACACCAUGACCUCCGAACAACAAGAGCACCAGUUCCCCGUCCAAGACCAUCAGCGACAAGGCUACUACCAGCUCUCCGCAAUGAGCCAGCAAUACGAGUCCCCCAACUUGAACCAGACGGUCUGGCCCUCCCCACCGUCAAUGGUGGCCGACGACUUUGACAACGGCAGCAGCACCAACACUAAUUACUCAUACCACGGCCAAGUUGUUGCCGUGAAUUACAAUUCGUCUCCUCUCUCCCCGAGGACUUGGCCUGCUGCGACCCAGGCACCUCCUCCCACCUCCACCGCGCAGUUCGACCUGCCCCUUCGCUCCCAUGAGACCGUCUAUGAAGGCCUGAACAACCAGGUCUCCAUGUCGCCGGACGACCUUCGCGGGGCAGACCUGCAAGUCCACCUGCAUUACGACAACGGCGCCUUCCAACAAGGCUUCGAGCCGCGUCACUUGAGGAGCGAGCGGUUCCAGUAUGAGUCCUCGCCCGCUACAGACGCUGCCGGGUCUCCGUACAAAAGCUCACCAGCGUCUUUCAGCGGCGACUUCAGCGCGGAGCCCGACGUGAUUCCGGAUCUCGGCUGCCAGCAGAACCAUCUUACCCCAAAGCCACCACCCAAGGAGAAUGCCAGCGGCGAGGAGCCUUACGCCAAACUCAUCCACAAAGCCCUCAAAGACGCCCCGGACCACGCCAUGACCCUGCAGGAGCUUUACAAGUGGUUCAAGGACAACACCGACAAGCCCCGUAAGGCCGAGGGCACCGGGUGGCAGAACAGCAUCCGUCACAACCUCAGCAUGAACCAUGCAUUCCGGAGGAGGUUGCAGGCGGUGCUCCCCGACGUCGACGGCAACCACACAGGCACAGAGAAGCGCGUGUCGGAGUGGUACCUCGUCCCGGACUACAUCAACGAGAUCAAGCCGACGACGCACUUCCGCGAGGGCAACCGCGGCUCGUCGCACUCCGUCUUCUCUCGCCGCAACACCGCCCCUGGCGGAAGCGGCCACAGGCGCAACAGCCCUCCCCGCUCCUCCACUGUCACUCAUUACCAGAACCCGGAUUACCCCAACCAGUCGAUGCCCGGGCGCGCCAUCUCUGGCCGCCGGGGGGGCCGCGCGACCACUUCCGCCCGGAAUGCCAGGCGCCAGCGCUCGCAGACGGGGUCCUUGUCUCCCGUGCUGGGGGGCGCCGCGGCCGCCCAGCAGCACCUUCAGCACUACCCGUACUCUCCCGCGCAUCUACAGGAGCUGCAAGCUCGUGCCGACAGCAUUCGGAGACGGAACCACACUGCCCUGGAAAGAGAGGCCGAGGGCAUGAGGAACCCCGCCGUGGGACCCAUGGCUCCCUCUCCUCUGGCCAACAACGUCGGCAUCGGCAACGCUGGCGUCCCCGUGGCAGGCGCUCCCCAGGGCUACCAGCUCCAUCAAUUCGGCAUGGCUGACGUGUCUGGUGUAUACCACUCACCGCCCGCGGCCGACGAUGUCAUUUACGGCUGGGGGUCCGAUGCGCAGUUGUGA